GGAGCCGAGAGAGACCCUCGUGAACAGUCUUCCGUAGUGACUCAGGCGCAGUUCGGGGCCGUUCGCUGCGUCCAACGGCAUCCGACGGUGUGGCCCCGCUAGAACACGGUAAACACUCUGUCGCAGAAUCACUGUCAAUCUCCAUAAGGCGCCGCCAUUGCUUCAGUGAGCCAAGAACAGUUUCAUACAUAAUUGUGGAAACAUUAUCCCCAAGUCAUGGUGAAAAUAUCGUCCCCCAAAAAUUCUUGUCAACAGAAGACCUCUUUGAUGCUUUUUGGAAUGCUUUUAAGAUUCCAUCAAUAGAUGAAGACCAACUAUGCAAUACUAUCCCUUUUCCUUUGUUCUCAGAGAUAGAGAUGAAGGAAUUCAAGCUCGUAGGAGGGACAGUAAGCCUUCUCCUUUUCAUCGAUGUUACAAAUAGCAAUGAACUUCUGAAAGCCAUGCAAGAAGGCACCCUUGAACCAGAAGUAGCAUUCCUUGAUGCCUCAAUGAUACCAGAUGCAUUUCCUCUUCUUGCUGCAGCACAGAAGACACUUAUAGCCAAAACAAGAGAGUCGUUGACCACCCGAACGCUUCAUUCUGAGCUUGUCUAUAACUACUCAGGGUCUAAGCAUAUUACGGAGUCCUUGAGAAGAUGUGGUAUUUCUGAUAGUUCCAGCUAUGUCCUAGCAGCUCGUUUUAAUGCUUCUCCUGAGGAGAUUAAGGCCAUUGAGGACCUUGUUACUGGUAAGGAGAUGAACUUGGACGAGUUGGAAGGACGAGCAGACAAGGCCAAGAUACAGAAGCAUUACAAGAUUUCUGGCCUGGAGCUGGGGAUAUCUUCACUUGCAGAUGCUAUCACCUGUCGUAUCGCUGUUAGAGAUGCCUUGUGAAAACAUUGAGCAGUUGAUUUUCAUGUGUAUCCAAUAACCCACACUUUGUAAUUCUAAUACCAAGUUAUUUAUUGAAAUGUAGAAUAUUUAUCUGAACAAGCAUUGUUUUGGUUUUAA